AUGAUGCCCCGGCACCUCCUUCCUCACUCAGGGAUCACUUCCCUGCAGCGCAUUCCCAGACGCAGGCUUCCCUCACGGAGGCGGGAAGAUUUCAGGCCAUGUCUGUCCUUGUCUUUUGUCAACGCGGACAAGCAUGGAGACCCCACUGGUCAGGCGAGCCCCGCGGUCCCUGUUCCUCACUUCACCACCUGGGGAAGCCUGGUCCCCAUCGAUUCGCAAAGGAACAAGGAAAGAGCGCGUUUUACCUGGAUGGAUGGUCCCCCUCACGGUGGCCUUGGAAACCGCUUCAGCCGGAGAGGCAGCGCGUCGCUCGCGGCUCCCCCUGGCCGCUGCCUUAGCCGGGAGCGCCACCCCGUGCCGCGCCAGAGGAAGUGCAAGCGCCAGCACCGCGCGGGCCGAAAGCCACACUGUGGGACCCGCCGCGCAGCUCCAAGAAAUCCAAAGCCCAUUCCCAGGAGGAGCUUCUCCGCCAAAUCAUUGAAAAAUAAAACGAGAAAUGGUCUCCACCGGUAUCCCCUUUAGUCAGCCGUACGAAAACGCAACCCGGUCAGCUGCGUUUCUG